AGACUGGAGAGAAAGAAAGAUAGGUUUCCCAUUCCAUACACCCCUCAAAAAGAAGGUUUCAAAAACCGGAGAAUCGGAUCUAGAAUCGGAAUAUUCCUUCCGAAAUUCUCAUGAAUCGGUGGAUUUUCAGAUCAAAAUGGCUGAUUUUAGGGCUAUUGGAACGAUUUAUGCUCCUCUUCGUUGACGAACUCGUCUUUCUCCUUAUUCUCACCUCGUCACUGCGUCUCAAAUCUAAAUUAGGGUUUUAAUUACUCCUCUGAAACCAUCAUUUCUUCUCUCGGAGGCUAGUUAAUUGUUUUUGUCCUUCUCUCUUGCCUUUAUUUCAAUCUUCUUAGUCAUUCAAAGCUGCAUUCAUUGGCUUCCGUCCUUCUUCCUCUCGUUGCGUUUUUGAUCUUUGUAGCUUUGUUCUGUUCUGUCAUUUCUAAAUUUUGUGGGUCUUUUUAGAGAUCUAUGGAGGAGAGCCCGUUGUGUCAGUGGAGCAUGAUUCGAGCACUUCUCUCCAUUCUCCAGUGGUGGGGCUUCAAUGUUACUGUGAUUAUCAUGAACAAAUGGAUCUUUCAGAAAUUGGAUUUUAAGUAUCCUCUGUCAGUGUCCUGCAUUCAUUUUAUCUGCUCAGCUGUUGGAGCAUACUUGGUAAUCAAGGUACUGAAGCUUAAGCCAUUGAUAGAGGUUAAUCCUGAAGACCGUUGGAGGAGGAUAUUCCCUAUGUCAUUUGUGUUCUGUAUCAACAUUGUACUGGGGAAUGUGAGCUUACGAUAUAUUCCAGUUUCUUUUAUGCAGACUAUAAAAUCAUUCACCCCUGCAACAACAGUUGUCCUGCAGUGGCUAGUUUGGAGGAAAUACUUUGACUGGCAAAUUUGGGCUUCUUUGGUACCCAUUGUUGGAGGAAUUCUUCUCACCUCUGUUACUGAGCUUAAUUUCAACAUAUUUGGAUUUUGUGCUGCAUUAUUUGGUUGUCUUGCUACAUCCACGAAGACUAUACUUGCAGAGUCUCUACUUCAUGGAUACAAAUUUGACAGCAUCAACACAGUGUACUAUAUGGCACCUUUUGCAACUAUGAUCUUAGCAGUACCAGCACUAUUACUUGAAGGUUCUGGGGUCAUGGAUUGGUUUCAUACGCACGAGUCUGUUGGCUCAUCGCUUGUCAUUAUUUUUAGCUCAGGAGUUUUGGCCUUCUGUUUGAACUUUUCCAUCUUCUAUGUAAUUCACUCUACAGCUGCUGUCACUUUCAAUGUUGCUGGAAAUCUCAAGGUUGCAGUUGCUAUUAUAGUUUCUUGGUUGAUAUUUCAUAAUCCAAUUUCAGCUCUGAAUGCUGUGGGGUGUGCAGUGACACUCAUUGGUUGCACAUUCUAUGGGUAUGUGAGGCACAAGCUUUCCCAACAGCCACCAGGAACUCCAAGAGCACCCCGGACUCCUCGGAAUCGGAUGGAGAUGAUUCCUCUUGUAAAUGAGAAAUUUGAUGAUAAAGUUUAAUUUAGAGGCAUUUGAGGUAAUGCUGCUAGUUCGUAAAAGAUUAAGAGGGGAAGAAAAGGGUGUGGGAAAGAACUCUGUCCGGUAGUGUGGCAUACACCAGUGCUCCCAUGUGAAAAGACAUCUCUGCCCCUUGUCUUGGGGAGCAGAGGGAUAGACUCAGGGAGCAUAGAAUUCUAGUCGAUAAAGUUGUGCAUACCAUUUUUUUAGAGCAGCACAUUCAGAGUUUCAGAAUCAUGAUAGAUUGAGAAACCUGUCAUGCAAUUCCAUAGGUAAAUUUAGAAUCGUCCGAAAACUUGGUAUUUAUUAAAACUGUUAUAUGAGAAUCUUUGCCAUUGAUUGUGGAUGGAUGAUAGGUAAGACCCAGUCAAGAUUUUUGAAUCUUGUAUUUGUGGGACAGAUUCUUGAGUUAAUUAUGAAACCAGUUAUCACCAUACUGCCUAAGUAAUGCCUAGGAGGGUUAAGAGACUGAGAUCUGUAUCUUAGCUAUUUGGCAAUCUGUAUGCUGAAGUCAAAUCUUAUGAUAGUUGCAGUUGUCUUGUGUUUGAUCUUACUCAUAAUUGAUUUGCAAUUGAUGAUUCAUAGUAUGGCUAGUGAAUACAAUUGCCCAGAUUUGAUUCAA